UGUGGCGUUUACAGGCAGAGGCGAUCCCACGGACAGAGCGAGACUAUCAACCUGAGUCUCUCCUUGAACAAAAAACAACUUGGUGGUCGCCUGUUCCCGGUUUUGUUUUCCCAUUCACUCGUCCAGCAUGGCUUGGACAAAAUACCAACUGUUCCUUGCGGGACUUAUGCUCACAACGGGCUCUAUCAACACAUUAUCGGCAAAAUGGGCUGACAUGUUCUCAGCGAAGGGUUGCCAUGACGACCCUAAACAUAUGUUCUCUCACCCGUUUGUACAGGCGGUGGGAAUGUUUCUGGGCGAGUUAAGUUGUCUUGUCGUCUUCUACAUCUUGCUUUGCCAUGACAGAAGAAGCCCAGAGCCCAGGAUGAACCCGGGCCAGAGCUUCAACCCUCUCCUCUUCUUCCCACCCGCCAUGUGUGACAUGACGGCCACCUCCAUCAUGUAUGUUGCUCUCAACAUGACCAGCGCCUCCAGCUUCCAGAUGCUGCGUGGAGCCGUCAUCAUCUUUACUGGUCUGCUUUCUGUGGCGUUCCUGGGGCGACGCCUGGCACCCAGUCAGUGGUUCGGCAUCCUCAUCACCAUCAUGGGCCUGGUGAUAGUGGGCCUCUCCGACUUCUUCAGCGGGCACAGAGACGACACACACAAACUCAGUGACAUCAUCACAGGAGACCUUCUAAUCAUCAUGGCUCAGAUCAUUGUUUCGGUGCAGAUGGUCCUGGAGGAAAAGUUUGUCUACAAACAUGACGUCCAUCCACUUCGGGCUGUCGGUACUGAAGGUUUCUUUGGGUUCAUCAUCCUCUCGCUGCUUCUCAUCCCGAUGUAUUUCAUCCAUGUUGGCGACUUCAGCAACAACCCUCGACACGUCCUGGAAGAUGCGCUGGACGCCUUCUGUCAGAUCGGGCACCAGCCUCUCAUCAUGUUGGCUCUGCUGGGCAACACGGUCAGCAUCGCCUUCUUCAACUUUGCCGGGAUCAGCGUCACUAAAGAGAUCAGCGCCACCACCCGCAUGGUGCUGGACAGCCUGCGCACGCUGGUCAUCUGGGCGGUGAGCCUGGCGCUGGGUUGGGAGCAGUUUCAGGGCCUGCAGGUGCUGGGCUUUCUGGUCCUGCUGCUGGGUACAGCACUCUACAAUGGACUGCACCGCCCCCUGCUGGCCAGGAUACCGUACUGCGCUGCGAUGGUGAACACAGAGGAAGAGAACAGCCCAGAAGAAAGAGAGAGACUGCUGGGUGACAGCAGGGUGCAGGCCAGCGAUGAGAGCUAAAACUUGUUAACAGUCGACACACUGAGCACAGAUGUACUGGACUGUCUGUCAAAGACACUGCACCUUUCAUAUAUGCUGUCAGUGAUGGUGUCUUUUUAAAUAUUUGUUUUGUUCAUGCCACAGAUUUUAACUGACCUCACACCCUGUUGUAAUAUGAGGAAGUGUGCAAGCUCUCUUAAAGGUGCGGUAUGUGAUUCUAAUCCAAUACAGGUGUGUCAGGUAACGUUAAAUGACUUGCCCACGGACAUUCAGCUUACUUUCUAGUUUGCCAAGAUAUGCUGCUGUUGUGAUGUUAGCUAUAGUAGCAGGAGAGUUGUGAGUAUUGCUGUCUGGAGCUGCUGUGCUGGCUCUGGGAAACUGUCUCGUCCUCUCUGGCUGUCAGCUUCGCAGCUACAGCUGUAGGGACAGUUCUCUAACCCACAACUGAGCUAACGUUAGUAACAUUACUUGCUGUGUCGUUGUUCUCUCUAUAUCAUGGUAUUUGUCAUGGUAUUGGAUUUCUCCAGAAUCACAUACCCCACCUUUUUAAAGGAAUAGUUCAACAUUUUGGGAAAAUGCGCAUAUACACACACGAGCAGUAUUAUUCGCCUCAUCUAACUCAGGGCAGGAAAGCAAACAAGUUCCCAAAUUGUUAAACUAUUCCUUCAAAUAAUCAGACGGUAGACAGGGCAGUCUGAAGGAGCUUUUUUUUUACAAUAAUGUGUUUUUUUAAGGGAUUCGUUCAGUUUAGAAAAGGACAGUUUAGUUGUGUCCUUCUGAAACAAAACAAAAAAUAAUUUAUAGCUGGUCUCAACAUUUGCUCCUGUUUUAUUUUUAAGAAAGGAACUUGAACUUACUUAGUGCUAAAUCACUAAAACACAGGUUUAUAAAAAUUACUGUUACAUAAGAUUACAAUGAAUGCCAACAUCCUUUUGAAAUUUUAUGCAGAUUUUCUUUAAUAGAUGGAUCUUUGUCACAUUGUUUCUGAUAAUGUUUGUUGACUCAUGAUCUGUUUUAAGAAUGUUUUUUUUUUUAAAUGUUGCUGACUAAAGUGUGAUUAGGCCAAAAUGUUUUCAAUGUGGAGAUUGUGCACUGAAUACCAAUUCACUGCCUUGUGAAGGCACAACAGCGAUAGCAGUUUUAAAAAAAUAUGUCUGUGUAUUUGAUCUCUAGACUUUUAUUUGUGUUGAUUUAUUUUUACAGAUGGACGUGUGUCAAAAAGUCAGAGCUCCUAUACCAAGUGAUUUGCACUUGUUAUUGUAAAUCCUGCUUCUCCUUCUCUAUUUAGUAGUCUAAGAAAAAAAGGGAACUAUCUUUAAAUCAGAAUUGCUGAAUGGCAUAAUGGAAUUUUUACUCAGGCCUGUGUUGACAAAACUACAGUCAAUGGGUGUGAGCUGAUGUAAUGUAAUGACAAAAAGAGAGGCUUAAAAAAAAUACACUUAUGAAACAACACACAAAGUCUUAAAACAUGUUUGUGCUGCAUGCUUACAAUAUUAUGUUUAGAGCUGAAACUAUUUGUCGAUUAAUGAAUUAGUUGAUCGACAGAAAGAUCAAUUUAUCGUUGGUUUUUAGUCCAAGCAAAUCUUCUCAACUGUGACAAUUUGCUGGUUUUCUGUGCUUUAUACUGUAUACUUGCUGAUAUAUUGAACACUAUAAAAUGAUGGUGUUUAAAUGCA